AUGGACAGAAGCAGGACUGGCGCACAGCUGGUUGCUGCUGCAUCGCUGUGUAUAUUGGUGUUGGGAGCGCCGCCGGCAGUUGGAGAGGCGCUCCGGCUGCAGCCGUCAUCCUACAGCUGCCCAGAGGGCCGUGUCCCAGAGGGCGCGCGGCUCGACGCUUAUCGCAGUUGCACCUUCACCAACCUGUACCUGUGGCAGGGGCGGGCCUACUACGUCCUAUCAGAUGACAAGGCUGCUGCGCCCGCUCUUGGCCAGCUGGGUCUGAAGUUUGAGAUGUGGGCCAGCGAUGAGGGCCCCGAGCCGGUGACCGAGUUCUUCGAGGUCACCACCGCCGACGCCCUGGCGCAGCGGCUGCCUGCCGCGGCGGCCGGCCAGGCAGCCACGGUGCCGCUGGCUUACUAUCAUUUCAUGGAGGAGUGGCUCCCUGGGCUGAGCAUGACGCUGUGCGAGCAGUUUGGCCACUGCUCCUACGCCGAUCGCAGCCGGCUGCAGCUCAUCGACGUGCAGCAGCGGCCGCGCAGCUGCAACAGCCGGGAGCUGUACCCCGCUUUCUUCAGGGAGGCGGCGGGGUGCCUGUCUGCCAAGCCGCUGCUGCACAUCAACGGCAGCAGCCUGCGGGGGCAGCUGGCCCGGGUGGAGGAGGCCUGGAUGGGGCUGGGCCCGCGCUGCCGCGGCAUCCCGGCGGGCUGCUAUGUGCCCGGCAGCGGCCGCCUGCCGCCCACGCCCCAGCUCACUGCCUCGCUGCGCCUCAUCCUGGCGCAGUGCCUGGGCGCGCGCCUGGAUGCGCCCGCACCGCUGCGCCCGGUACAGGUGCUCGUCAUUGACCGGCCCUACACGAGCAACAGGCAGCGGCGCUACCCGCCAGACCGGGUGGCGGUGAGGCUGGCAUACAUGGAGGGCCUCAGCGUGCGGCAGCAGGCCCAGCUGUGGAGCGGCGCCACGGUGGUGCUGCACAUGCACGGCGCCGCCCUGGGCAACUACUUCUUCCUUCCCUCCCGCGCCGUGGUGGUCCAGCUGGCCCCCUCGUACCGCCUCAACCCCAGCCGGUACAGCAGGCUGCUGGAGCGUGACCUGGCGGGUGUGAGCGACAUCCGGGUGGUGGACUGGUCCAACAGCGACCCCACCCGCCUGCACCUCAACACAGAGGCCAUCACGGCAGACACGCGUCCGGGCCCACGCAGCUACCUGGCCGACAGGGAGCGGUACGCCGAGCUGGCCACCAGCUUUGAGUGCAGCGAGUCGCUGCGCCCCUCGCUGUACAGGGCCUGCCGGUCGCUGCAGACGCAGGUCAACUUGGUGCUGGACCUGGAGGUGGCUGCCAACCUGACUGACGCAGCCAUCGCCCAGGCAUUCAGGCAGCAGCAGCAGGCCGUCCCGGCCUGGCUGGCCGCGCUGCGAGCCGGCGCCGGCGGCGCGGCCGCCGACGGCCGCAUCCCGCCCGCGGCAGCUGCGGCGGCGGAGCAGGAGCGGCGGCGGAUAGAUGCCGUGGCGGCGGGGCUGCCGCUGCUCGAACGGCUGCGGGGCGCGGGCCCGCUGCUGACCCUGGCUCUUGGCGUCGCGGUGGGAGCUGCGGCGACACUUGUUGUGGUGUCGGCUGUGUGGCGCAUAGCCUGA